GGAUGUAAUCCAUAAAUUUUCUUUGGAUGAGAUAAGGCCAUAAAUGUAGGUUUCCUGGUCCAACACUAUACAUCGCGACACAUCAUCCUCAAAUAAAAUCUUGUGCAGUCAAGAACUCCAAAUGAUCCUUCAAUUCUAAUUCUAUCACGGAGGAAAAGCAGUUCCUUUUCCGCUUGUUUAUUAUUCCCCUCUGUAUUCCUAUCACUAUUGUUUUCCUUUGCUGCUCGCAGCAGAUUUUGUUGAGCUCCCGAGUGGACAUAAAUGGCGCUAAUUGCCACUAAUUUCUUGUUAAUAGCAUAAACCAGUCAGUUGGUACUCACCCCGCUAACCUGCUUCGCCGCUACCGACGGCGAAGUUUCCAUCUUUUUUUUUUUAUCGUUGGAUUUAACAAGAAGCUCACAGCUUUUUCUGGAAGAAAUGAUGUGGGAUGAUUGGGAUGACGAUGUACGACUUGGAGAAGAAAACGGCCACGAUGCUCGGCACCAGGAAGGAUCACGCCGGCGAGACGAUGAAGAGGAACACGACGAUUCCUCUCACAUUAACUUUGAUUUAUCAUCUCUCAUUUCUAAUCCGAAGGAUUAUUAUCAGAUACUGGAAGUGGACUAUGAUGCUACGGAGGAGGCUAUUCGGUCCAACUUUAUCCGUCUAGCUCUGAAAUGGCAUCCGGAUAAGGUAAAAGAUGAGGAUAAUGCCACCUCAAAAUUUCAAGCGAUAAACGAAGCUUAUCAAGUUUUGAUCGAUCCAGAAAAACGCCAGGAAUAUGAUAAAAAGGGGAUGCUCUGUGCCUAUGACCACAACAUAAUGGAUUAUCUAAACCGUAACAAGGGACUUAUUUUGACGUGCAACGGUCUUGGCAUGAAGAACUCGAUAUUGUAAAAAACCAACAAAAGAUUCAUGGGAGAUGCUUGCCAGCAGCAAUGAAUCCUCCUUUUUUAGGGAGUACAUCUCUACCACCAUAGCCGUUUUCUUUUUGUAUGUAGUAUCGUAUGUGACUAUGUUAAUCUACUAAUACCCCCACCCGACCCACUAUAUGAUCGGUGUAUAUGCGAGGCUUGUCUGCAUAAGUUCUUUCACUUCUGGUAGAACAAAUGUCUUGAAGCCCGAUACCCUCCUCCCGCUGUUGUUUUCAUCUGCCUAUGCUGCUGCAUGGAAAAGGAAAUGCAAGAAACAGUAAGCAUGCCACAGGGUAGUGUAAUCCUUUUCUGGAUUAUUUUUUGAAUGCGUUUCCUAGAGGUUUAUGAAAUAAUGCCUCCCAAGAGUUUAUGUGCAUUACUUUCCUCCAUAAAUAAACAGCAAGUCCUAAGUUACAAGCUAUGUACCAUGAGGAUACUACUCCGAGAAUCACGUGCACGUAAACUAUUGAUUUAUUAUGUGAAGAUUUUAGGCACAGCCACACAAGUGUCAUGUUGGUAUAGUAGAAUGAUGUACUGAUGUGUGCUUGUAUUUGGGAUGUUGGUUCAAUUCUCGCUGGAAUAAUUCCUUUAUAAAUAAAAUCGUGCUGGCUUGUUGCACCAUAGUUUCAUGCUG